CACACGAACUUUGGGAAGCGCGAAUAUUUGCGCAGCAUUAACAAUGCGGUCACCGGGCUAACAAAGACGCGCGGCGCCAAGCUCACCUUUCUCAAGGACUACUCGUUCGAGCAGAAGAACAUCCAUUUCGAUAUGAUGUCCUUGACGCCGAGUCCAACCGCCAUCCUGAGCACGCUUUGCAAGGAAUUCCUGCGGGUCAACGUGUCGGCCAUCCUGUAUAUGAUGAACAACGAACAGUUCGGGCACAGCACCGCCUCGGCGCAGUAUUUCCUGCAGCUGGCUGGAUAUCUGGGCAUACCGGUAAUCUCGUGGAAUGCGGACAAUUCGGGCCUGGAGCGACGAGCGUCGCAGUCGACCUUGCAGCUGCAGCUGGCGCCGAGCAUCGAGCACCAGAGCGCCGCAAUGUUGAGCAUAUUGGAGCGCUACAAGUGGCAUCAGUUCUCGGUGGUCACGUCACAGAUUGCCGGCCACGAUGACUUUGUCCAGGCGGUGCGGGAGCGCGUCGCCGAGAUGCAGGAUCACUUCAAGUUCACCAUACUCAAUUCGAUUGUGGUCACACGGACCAGCGAUCUAAUGGAGCUGGUUAACAGCGAGGCGCGCGUCAUGCUGCUCUAUGCGACACAGACGGAGGCCAUUACCAUAUUGCGUGCCGCCGAGGAGAUGAAGUUGACGGGUGAGAACUAUGUAUGGGUCGUCAGCCAGUCGGUGAUCGAGAAGAAGGAUGCGCACUCCCAAUUCCCGGUCGGCAUGCUGGGCGUCCAUUUCGAUACGAGCAGCGCGGCGCUAAUGAACGAGAUCUCGAAUGCCAUCAAGAUCUACAGCUACGGCGUCGAGGCGUAUCUAACCGAUCCGGCGAAUCGCGAUCGCCGUCUAACCACCCAGUCGCUAUCGUGCGAGGACGAGGGUCGCGGUCGUUGGGACAACGGCGAGAUCUUCUUUAAGUAUUUGCGCAACGUGUCGAUCGAGGGGGACCUGAACAAGCCGAAUAUUGAGUUUACCGCCGAUGGCGACCUUAAGUCCGCCGAGCUAAAGAUCAUGAAUCUGCGGCCCAGCGCCAACAAUAAGAAUCUCGUCUGGGAGGAGAUUGGCGUUUGGAAGUCGUGGGAGACACAGAAGCUUGAUAUACGCGACAUUGCGUGGCCAGGUAACUCGCACGCUCCGCCGCAAGGUGUGCCCGAGAAAUUCCAUUUAAAGAUCACAUUCCUCGAGGAGGCACCCUAUAUCAAUCUGUCACCCGCCGAUCCAGUGAGUGGCAAGUGUCUGAUGGACCGCGGUGUGCUCUGCCGUGUGGCGGCCGAUCACGAGAUGGCCGCCGAUAUUGAUGUGGGUCAAGCACACCGCAACGAGUCCUUCUAUCAAUGCUGCAGCGGCUUCUGCAUUGAUCUGCUCGAAAAGUUUGCCGAAGAACUGGGCUUCACCUACGAGCUGGUACGGGUUGAAGAUGGUAAAUGGGGUACACUUGAGAAUGGUAAAUGGAAUGGUUUAAUUGCCGACUUGGUUAACCGCAAGACGGACAUGGUCCUCACAUCUCUCAUGAUCAACACCGAGCGCGAAGCGGUCGUCGAUUUUAGCGAGCCCUUCAUGGAGACGGGCAUUGCCAUUGUCGUCGCUAAGCGCACCGGCAUCAUCUCGCCCACGGCCUUUCUGGAGCCCUUCGAUACGGCCUCUUGGAUGCUGGUUGGCAUCGUUGCCAUUCAGGCAGCCACGUUCAUGAUAUUCCUGUUCGAGUGGCUGUCGCCCAGCGGCUACGACAUGAAGCUGUACCUACAGAACACAAACGUCACACCCUACCGUUUCUCGCUGUUUCGCACCUACUGGCUUGUCUGGGCGGUUCUCUUCCAAGCGGCCGUUCACGUGGACUCCCCACGCGGUUUCACCUCGCGCUUCAUGACCAAUGUCUGGGCUCUGUUCGCCGUUGUCUUCCUUGCCAUCUACACUGCCAACCUGGCGGCCUUCAUGAUAACCAGAGAGGAGUUUCACGAAUUUAGUGGACUCAACGAUAGCCGCCUGGUGCAUCCCUAUUCGCACAAGCCCUCAUUCAAGUUCGGCACAAUACCCUAUAGCCACACGGAUUCCACCAUUCACAAAUACUUUAAGGAGAUGCAUUACUACAUGAAGCAAUACAAUAAGACGAGCGUUGCCGAUGGCGUUGCCGCUGUGCUGAAUGGCAACCUGGACUCGUUUAUCUAUGACGGCACCGUGCUGGACUAUUUGGUUGCCCAGGACGAGGACUGUCGCCUGAUGACCGUCGGCAGCUGGUACGCCAUGACCGGCUAUGGCUUGGCGUUCAGCCGCAACUCCAAGUACGUGCAGAUGUUCAACAAGCGUCUGCUGGAAUUCCGGGCCAAUGGCGAUUUGGAGCGAUUGCGUCGCUAUUGGAUGACAGGCACCUGCCGGCCGGGCAAGCAGGAGCACAAGUCCUCCGAUCCGCUGGCCCUCGAGCAGUUCUUGUCCGCCUUCCUGUUACUGAUGGCCGGCAUCCUGUUGGCCGCCCUGCUGCUGCUGCUGGAGCACGUCUACUUCAAGUACAUACGCAAGCGUCUGGCCAAGAAGGAUGGCGGUCAUUGUUGUGCGCUCAUCUCCCUGUCCAUGGGCAAGUCGCUGACCUUUCGCGGCGCCGUUUACGAGGCAACCGAAAUACUAAAGAAGCAUCGCUGCAACGAUCCCAUUUGCGACACGCACCUCUGGAAAGUCAAGCACGAGCUGGACAUGUCCCGACUCCGGGUGCGUCAGCUCGAAAAGGUGAUGGACAAGCACGGCAUCAAGGCGCCGCAACUGAGGCUGGCCUCAUCUUCGGAUCUGCUCAACCAUCAUCAUCUCAAGGAGCGACCGCCGUUGCUCGGAAAUCUCAGCCUGGCUGCCAGCGCACAAGAUCUAUACAGGUGGUCCUACAAAACGGAAAUCGCCGAAAUGGAAACGGUGCUCUGAAGCGCUUGGAAAUGAAUCAUAUUGUUGGCCUUGCCGCUAAUCCUGCAUUCCAAAAUAUUGAAAACAUUUAAGUCCUGCC